GGAUGAUUCAUUGGAUGAUGACACAGAAACUGACUCCAAGGUGUCUUCUUAUAUACAGUCACUACCUAGAAAGCAAGUAACACUUAGUACUCCAGAGGAUGAAGACAGUGAUGAUGAAGCAGAAGGUCCAAUGAAGGUACAGCGAAGGAAAAAAAAUCCUCCUCUGAGGCGCAUUAACAGAUUAGAACAAUGAUUUGCAAAUUUGCGAAAACGGAAAUCAGACAUGUGUAAGCCUUUUUGGUUACUAUGAAAUAGAGAUGUGCACUAAAUUGUUCUAAUGGCAUUUAUGAGACAUGACUAUGUCUCAUAUUGUUUCUAGCAGAAACAGGAGUUACUUGAGGUUUAAAGAAGGUACUAUAGUUCUCAUUUUUAAAAUCUGCUAUUGUCAAUAGUUUGUAUUCAAAGUCUCACACAUUUAU